CUCUUCUAAGGACCUAUAGUCGACCCUUCUAAGCGUGACGUCAAAAAGGUUAUAAAUACAUGAGAUAUACCGUUCCUGUUGCACAACAAUGGCGUCAACAAGCACAGGCAGAGGGCGAUCAGUCCCAAUACUUCACUGUCCCCAGCACCCAGACUCUCCUCUGGUGGAGGACUACCAUGCCGGGGAUAUGAUCUGUCCUGAGUGUGGGCUUGUUGUUGGAGACAGAGUUGUAGACGUUGGAACCGAGUGGAGGACAUUCAGUAAUGAAAAGAACACCAAAGAUCCCUCUCGUGUUGGUUCAGCAGAGAAUCCACUUUUAGAUGGCAGUGACCUGUCUACCAUGAUUGCUAUGGACCCUAAACAGGAAAUGAUGACAGAUGAAUUUGGCAAGCCCAUGUACAGAAAUCGUAGAACGAUAAACAGUUCUGACCGAGCAUUAAUUAAUGCUUUUAGAGAAAUCAACCAGAUGGGAGACAGGCUCAACUUACCAAAAAUGAUUGCAGAUCGGGCAAACACACUUUUCAAACAAGUCCACGAAGGCAAAACUCUGAAGGGACGAAGCAACGAUGCUAUUGCGUCAGCUUGUAUGUACAUUGCAUGUCGCCAGGAAGGAGUCCCGAGGACAUUUAAAGAAAUAUGUGCUGUAUCAAAGAUAUCCAAGAAGGAGAUUGGUCGAGUGUUCAAACUGAUUCUGAAGACGCUGGAAACAAAUGUGGCUUUAAUAACCACAGGAGACUUUAUGUCUCGAUUCUGUUCCAACCUCGGUCUGCCCUUAUCAGUACAGAAGGCAGCGACUGUGAUUGCCAGGAAAGCAGUGGACACAGACCUAGUGCCUGGACGUAGUCCAAUAUCAGUAGCAGCAGCAGCUAUAUAUAUGGCAUCUCAGGGAUCUGCUACAAAAAAGACAGAGCAGGAGAUAGGGGAGAUUGCUGGCGUGGCAGAGGUGACUAUAAGACAAUCCUACAAACUCAUGUAUCCAAAGGCUCACCUCUUAUUCCCAGACGACUUUAAAUUUGCCACAUCCAUUGCAAACCUGCCAACAUCUUGAUGACAUCCUCAUAUUUAGAGGAAAUAUUCGACUGGAGAACGCUCCCAUUGACAGGAAGGAAGUCAGAUAUUUCUGCAACACUGUGGACCAACGGGGACUUACUUGUGAAAGAAAAUGUUCUCUAAACAUUGGAAUUUUCUUUCUAAUCAAUCACCUUAGGGCGUGUUCCAAAUUUUCCCUUACCAGCUAGGAGUGUAUAAAAUCAGUGUCUGGUACACAAUAGACCAAAUACACCUUGGUGUACUAGCUUGGUAUGGUUAUGUGUAGGAUUCAUCAGUUACAAGCGUAUUUGUUUGGCUAUCUCUGUAUUGUUGAGACUUGGGUAUUGUUGUUGCCUGCUAAGUUUGGUUUUCCACUAUUACUGUGAUAAAUCACACAUGUAUACACUGUACUACAUGUAUAAUCAGUGGUAAAAUUAAUGUCCCAAAUUUGUGUGAUGUCCAAUGAUUAGUGUCAUUACAAUAAUGUUAACAAAACAACUAAUUGUGAAAAAUCCAUUGAUAUACCAAUAUUGAAGAUAUUUAGGCAAAAAAAAAAAAUCAGAAAGAUACACAUUACUCACUAUCUAUAUAUGUCAUGAUUUUGUCAUGUAUAAUUUAUUGUGCUGUUUUUGAUAGCAAAUAAAUAAAUGAGAAAGUUCA